AGUAUCGUCCAUGAGAGAUAGUAGAAACGUUCAUUUGGAAUAUCAUCGUGAGACGUCCAUUUGCUUUAUGCUGCGUGAUACAGUUUAAUACGUAACGUGGUACAAAAUCAUCUAUAUUAUAUACGAAGACUGAUACUUUUUAAAACGUGCCUAAACCGAAAAAAAAAUGGUUCAAAUAAGUCCAGAAUUGUUUCAAGUGUUCGGCUUUUGGAGCAGCGUGUUGGUGUUAAAAUUGCUGGCAAUGUUACCUUUGACCGUACGACAGCGAUUUAGAAAAAACGUAUUUAUGAAUGAAGAAGAUACCAAAUUAGGCAGCAAAGGCAAAGUGGCAUUCAAUGAUCCAGAUGUGGAGCGUGUACGAAGAGCACACCAGAAUGAUCUGGAGAAUAUUCUGCCAUGGUUUAUAAUCACAUACCUGUGGUUAGGUACUGGACCUUCACUAUGGUUAGCUAAAAUAUUGAUACAAACGUUUGUACUUGCCCGAAUAGGUCAUACAAUUUCAUAUGUUAUUCUUCCGCAACAACCUACAAGAGCGAUAGCUUUCUUCAUAGGCUUUAGUAUUACAGGAUAUCAGACGCUUUCCACAUUAUUAUACUAUUCUUAAUUUCAUAAAAAGAUUUUUUAUAAAGUUCUAUAUAUGCAUAUAUAUUAUUUUGUUAAAAUUUUAUAAUGGGUUGUAUAAUGGGCAUAAUAGAAUUUUAGGAAUAAUGU